AUGGGCUCCCUCGGCUCCGACGCAAAGCUCCCCUGGAGCAAGACGCCCUGCGUCCAGAGCCCUCAGCUGUCCCGGAUCGCGGGCUGCAACAUUUACAUGAAGCUGGACAACCUCCAGCCCAGCGGCUCCUUCAAGUCGCGAGGAAUCGGCAACCUCAUGACCCGAGCCGCGGCCACAGCAACUGGAGAUGUUCACUUUUACUGCUCCUCGGGCGGCAACGCUGGCCUUGCCUGCGCCACCUCGGCCGUCGCCCUCAACAAGCCCGCCACCAUUGUCAUCCCCAUGACCACGUCCGAUCUCAUGAAGAACAAGCUUCUGGACCUGGGAGUCGAAGUGCACCAGACGGGAAAGAACCUGGCUGCCGCCGACGAGUACCUGCGAACCGAGCUGCUCAGCAAGGACCCCCAGGGCGUCUACGUCCCGCCCUUUGACCACCCCCACGUCUGGGACGGAGCGUCGACCAUCAUCCCUGAGCUGCGGGAUCAGAUGGACGUCCCCAUGGAUGCCAUCGUGUGCAGCGUCGGCGGAGGUGGCCUCUUCAACGGCUUGAUGCAGGGCAUAGAGAGCUACCCCUGGUCCGGCUGCAAGCCCGACGUCGUCUGUGUCGAGACGGACGGCGCCGACAGCCUCAACGCCUCCCUUCGCGCCCAGUCCCACAUCACCCUUCCUGAGAUUACGUCCAUCGCCACGUCGCUGGGUUGCUCCCGCGUCUCUGCCGAGACGUGGAAGUGGGCUCAGUACCCCAACACGCAUAGCCUCGUCGUCUCGGACGCGGACGCCGCCAUCAGCUGCGUCCGCUUCGCCGACGACGCCCGCCACCUCGUCGAGGUUUCGUGCGGUGCCGCGCUGGCCACGGUGUACCGCGGUGACCUGCGCGAGCGGCUGGGCCGGGGCAUGAGCGACGACGAGUGGGCGCAGAAGAACAUUGUUCUGAUUGUCUGCGGCGGAUCUGGCGUCACCCUGGGCAUCCUCGACCAGUACGUCAAGGAGUACGCACACCAGACGGCCAUCAAGGUAUAA